CUUCUCCUAGCUGCUCUCUAUCAGUGUGAACCACAGUACGAUAUUUUGAGUUCAGAGCGUUGGAGAAGGAUGCAACCAACCCAAAGCGGUAUUGUGAACAGGAGAAGAGACCAGAAUAAGUUAACCGGGAUGCAUUAUUUUUGAAUGCGCCAAUUUUCACACCGACACUUCGCCUGUCAUUCAAGUUUGCUAGAAGAAGUUUAACCAAUAUUGUACCAUAAUAAAAGAUAACGGACGGAUGGAAGGGGCUAUUUUUGUCCGCUAAGACUCAAAGGGAUAAAAUAAUGGAGACAACUCUGAAAGCAAUAACGCGUUAAGCAUUCAAGUGCUGCAGUGUUUAUAAGAGCACAGAGGACAGGCAAUUAUCAAUUUGGGUCAGUGAAUGCUCGCUUAUAUACCAUAGUCCAAUGUUGUAUGUGUGCAGAGGGAAAUUGGAGCGAGCAAGCCUGUGCAUCCGGAUGGCAAGUGGUAUGGAGCGAGCAAGCCUGUGCAUCCGGAUGGCAAGGUAGUCUAUGCAAAAUAAUAGAUAAACGCCCACUAUCCAAAAGUAUCCUUUCAAGGUAGCCUAUUGAUAGGAAUUUACGCUGAUAAUCUGGACAAUCGGUGCAUAUUCAUUUGUCCGGGGUGGUGACAUUUGGAGAGUGGGUGGACAGUCGCCUUAUCAUCAUGCAAUGUCCCGUAAUUGCUAGACACGUUUCAAACCAGAAACCUACAUGUGGCCGCUGAUGCACUUUAAACGCAAGACUAGAGAGGUCGACACAUUGUAUCCCCUCACACAUUCCAACUACUGUGAGUGUUGUCUCUGGUUGAUUGUUUUUGUUGUUGAAGUUUUUCCUUAGGUGUUUGCCCAAGUCACGCUAUAGCUGUGCACUCCGAGGGAUUUAUUGAACUUCGUUCGCACUCUUUGUCUAACUCGAUUCCCCGUCCCUUCUUUUUUCGGGGGUAAAAUGGCAGUAGAGAGCCAAGGAACAGGAAUGGCUUUCGCGUUUUGGGACGGCUGUAAUGGUUUGGGAUUUAUUUUUAUUCUUCUUGUGGAUUUACUGGGAAUAACUGCAAGUAACAUGGAACCUAUUUAUUGGAAUACAUUGAACAAGAGGUUCCAGGAUGACAGGGGGUACGUGUUGUACCCGCAGAUAGGGGAUCGUCUAGACCUGAUCUGCCCAGCCUCCAACCCCCAAGGCCCCCGCUCCCCCAGUGAGUAUGAGUACUACAAGUUGUACCUGGUGUCCACACGCGAGCAGGCUGACCGCUGUGAGGUGAUGGGUGCGCCAAACCUGCUGCUCACCUGUGACAAGCCCAACAGUGACAUGCGCUUCACCAUCAAGUUCCAGGAGUUCUCCCCCAACCUGUGGGGACAUGAGUUCAAGACCCUGCAGGACUACUACAUCAUAGCUACCUCAGAUGGGACAAGGCAGGGACUGGACAGCAUGAGAGGAGGAGUGUGUGUGACACGAGGGAUGAAGGUGAUUCUCAAAGUGGGACAGACUGCUUAUGGCCUCCCACCCAAACCCAAACCAGACCCAAACCGCUUCAACCCCAAAGGAAAUGGGACGACACCCAAGGCAGGUGGCGAGGGAGAGGGGAACAACGGGAACAACCCUCCAUCCUCCUCUAGCGUGGCGGUGAUCGCUGGAGCGGUAGGGGGCGGAGCCUUCCUCCUCAUCGUGACCGCAGUCAUCUGUGUGGUGUGUUACCGCUGGCGACAGAACAAGCACUCUGAGACUCACCACCCCACCAUGACUCUGACCACCCUCACCCCCAAGAGGUGCAGCACCAGUGGAGCCGGCUGCUCCACCGGAGGCAACAACGGCUCAGAGCCCAGUGACAUCAUCAUCCCGCUGCGGACUUCAGACUCGGCCUACUGCCCGCACUAUGAGAAGGUGAGCGGGGACUACGGCCACCCCGUCUAUAUCGUCCAGGAGAUGCCCCCCCAGAGCCCAGCUAACAUCUACUACAAAGUAUGAGAGAGGGACAGCCACACAGCCCGGCUGACAUAGACAUACAGGUGUACCCAACACAUAGACUGCUGUUUCAACAUAGAAAUACAACUGUCCCUCUAUCUCCCUCCACUCCCUCACUCGACCCAACUCCCUCUCUAUGGCUAACUGUUUGGGAUGGCUAUCCUCAACCUCCUGCCCCAUGGACUCUGCUGUACAGUGCUCUGACACUGGAUGGAUGGAUGGAUGGAUGAAUGGAUGGAUGGAUGGAUGGAUGAAUGGAGGGGUGGUUGUGUCUGGGGGGGUAUUGAUCUGUUCCCUGCUGUGAACCCAAUGAUGGAGGCCGUGAGUCCUGGACAUGUGGGCCAUUAAGCUGACGGACUGUGGCAGCGACUCAGUCCCCACCUCUCACUCAAAGUGAGGACACUGGAUAUGAAAUGUCAAACCUUUUCAAAGUGUUAGUGUGUGUGUGUGUGUGUGUGUGUGUGUGUGUGAGGGAAUGUGUGUGCAUGCGUGCGUGCGUGCCUACGCGUAACCUGUAUGUCUGCUUGUGUUUGGUGCGUAAAACCAGUACCACAAGAACAAAUAUCAAAGCAAGAUUUUGAUUUCUACCCACUGUCAUCAUUUACAGAUUAUAGAAAAUCAUUAUUUCAUAACUCAUUUGUAGAUUUGUAUAUUUCCAUUCAGAUUUCUGUUAGACACGGUUUUUCUUGUAUGUAUUGUAUUGUAUGUUCUCUGUUUUAGAGUCUGGAUGAGAUCUAGGUACUAAUUUAUUUCAGUCUUUGUGUUUGUCUUCAAAAUGAAGGAUCUUCUCUUCCGUUAUCCCAUUCUCUCUCUCACUCUACAAUGCCUUAGCAUUGAAAUAGUUCACUUUUCUGUAUAUAAAGUUUCACAGAGGAAGGAGGAUAGUACAACAGUACAAAGAGGUGUACUCAAUAAGAGGAAGAAAAAUGACAAAGUGUUGGGAAAGUGUUUGAACAGAUGAAGCCACAGACACUGUGAUUCUCCCAUACUGUGCCUCCAGAUGCACAUCCAUAGCUACAGAACAGAAACCUUAACAUACUGUAUUGUUCAUGUUGCUCCUCUAUGCCCGUUGAAAGUGUUUUUUUAGAGGUGAAUAAUCUGGUUGGUUUUGUUUCCCACGCUGCACUGGUAACUUAUGACCUGUGGUUGGCUGCAGGAAUUAAAAAAGGUGAAAAGGU